AUGCAAUGGGUUUUUUACAGUUGGUUUUUCGCAUUAACAAGAAUAUUGCUGCUGGCGGGUGCGGACGGCGGUGAUGGUGCUGCUGCACCUGACGGCGGCGGCGGAGGAGUAAGUUACGAUCAUAGAUCGCUCAUCAUCGAUGGCCGCCGAAAAAUUCUCUUCUCGGGUUCUAUCCACUAUCCGCGCAGCACUGUCGAUAUGUGGCCGUCUCUGAUCUCACAGGCGAAACAAGGAGGACUAGACGUGAUAGAAACCUACGUGUUUUGGAACAUCCAUGAACCCAAACCCGGGGAGUAUGACUUCAGCGGGAACAGAGACAUAGUGAGGUUCAUGCAGCUAAUCCAAGACCAAGGCCUAUAUGCAUGCCUAAGGAUUGGACCUUUCAUUGAGAGUGAAUGGUCUUACGGAGGAUUACCGUUUUGGUUGCAUGACAUCCCUGGAAUCGUUUACCGAUCUGAUAAUGAACCAUUCAAGUUCUACAUGCAAAAUUUUACAACAAAAAUAGUAAACAUGAUGAAAUCAGAACAGCUGUACGCUUCACAAGGGGGUCCAAUCAUACUAUCACAGAUUGAGAACGAGUACGGAAUGAUAGAAGCAGCUUUUGGCCCAAAAGGGCCAUCUUAUGUCACUUGGGCUGCAGCAAUGGCCGUUGGCCUUCAAACGGGUGUACCGUGGGUGAUGUGCAAGCAAGACAAUGCCCCUGACCCAGUUAUCAACGCAUGCAAUGGGUUGCAAUGUGGAGAGACAUGGAGCGGACCAAACUCACCAACUAAGCCAGCAAUAUGGACAGAGAACUGGACACUUGUCUAUCAAGCAUAUGGGGAAGAACCACGAACCAGGUCUCCACAAGAUAUUGCAUUUCAUGUUGCAUUAUUUGUGCUCAAGAAGCAGGGAAGCUACAUAAAUUAUUAUAUGUAUCAUGGAGGCACCAAUUUUGGAAGAACAGCCUCCGCGUAUGUAUUGACAAGUUAUUAUGAUCAAGCUCCUCUUGAUGAGUAUGGCCAGAUUAACCAGCCACUUUGGGGCCAUCUUAAGGAAUUACAUGCUGCGAUAAAACUAGGUGCUGAGCCUUUACUUUAUGGAACAAAUACGACAAUCUUUUUGGGUCAAUUGCAAACUGCCUAUGUAUUCAAUGCAAAUUCAAGAAAAUGUGCAGCCUUUCUUCUGAAUAAUGACAGCAGAGAUGUUACUGUGCUAUUUCAGAAUAAUAGCUAUGAUUUAGCUCCUAAGUCAAUUAGCAUCCUACCAGACUGCAAGAAUGUAGCUUUCAACACUGCAAAGGUAAGCACACAACACAGUACAAGAUCAGCACAACCAGACCAGAAGUUGGACUCAGUUGGACAAUGGCAGCAAUAUACAGAAGCUAUCCCAGACUUUGACAAUGCUUCUUUAAGGGCAAACAUGUUAUUAGAGCACAUGAAUACAACAAAAGAUUCAUCUGAUUACCUCUGGUACACUUUCAGGUUCCAGCAUGCUUCCUCUGAAGCACAAUUAAGUGUGCAAUCACGUGGGCACGUUGCACAUGCCUUUGUCAAUGGAGAACCAGCAGGAUCAGCACAUGGAAGCCAUCAUGAUCCAGGGUUCAACCUGCAGAAUCCAGUUACUUUGGGAAAUGGGACAAACAGUGUAUCCUUACUUAGCGUCAUGGUCGGAUUGCCGGAUUCAGGACCAUAUCUUGAGCGUAAGACUGCCGGAAUACAUAAAGUGGAGAUUCAAGAACGAACAGGAUCUCAAGAUUUUGAAAAUUAUACAUGGGGUUACCAGGUUGGCUUAUUGGGAGAGAAAUUACAAAUCUACACUGAUCGUGGAUUGAUUAAAGUUCAAUGGAGUACGUUUGGGAACUCUAAUGGUCAACCACUCACAUGGUAUAAGGCAUUAUUUAAUGCACCAAUUGGAGAUGGCCCCGUUGCAUUGAACCUUGGUUCCAUGGGGAAAGGAGAAGCUUGGGUUAAUGGAAAUAGCAUUGGUAGGUAUUGGGUCUCAUUUCACACUGUCAGCGGAAAUCCUUCACAAAUAUGGUACCAUAUACCUCGGUCUUUCCUAAAACCUACAGGCAAUCUACUAGUUUUACUGGAAGAAGAGGCCAAUGCAUCCCCUCUAGGGAUAUCCAUAGACACCAUUUCAGUCCCAACAGUUUGUGGACAUGUGACUGAUUCUCAUCUGCCCCCGCUGGCUUCAUGGGGAGCACAAAGCCAAAAUAACAAGUAUGGAGAGAGACCUGAAAUCAAGCUUCAAUGUCCUUCAAGGAGAAACAUUUCCAGUAUUUUAUUUGCAAGCUUCGGAAACCCUUCUGGUGAUUGCAAGAGUUAUGCUGUUGGAAGCUGCCAUUUGUCAAAUAGUAAGGCCAUUGUGGAGAAGGCUUGUUUGGGGAAAACGAUAUGCUCUAUUCCUCUCUCUAACCAAAGGUUUGGAGGUGACCCAUGUCCAGGCAUCCCAAAAGCUCUGAUAGUUGAUGCACAGUGCACCUGAGAAUUAGCAGGAAUAUUUAAAUUUUCUAUUGGGAGGGCUUACACAAGAUUUAUCAGUGGUGGAGACGCAUGUCCAGGCAUUCCAAAAGCUUUGAUAGUUGACGCACAAUGCACCUGAGAAUUAGCAGGAAUAUUGAAAUUUUCUUUUGGUAGGGCUUACGCAAGCUUGUUCGGAGGUGACCCACGUCCAAGCAUCACAAAAGCUCUGAUCGUCGA